AUGGAAAUACCCUGGUACAUUUACUUGAUUAUCAUAAUUCUUUAACUACUCUCAGCAAUGUUCAAUGCACUCAAUAUUGGACUAAUGGGACUAGAUCCCAGAUAUCUUGAGCUUAUGACUCAAGGUCCAUUUGAGAGUAAAGAUGAUGAAUAAAAUGCACAAUAUGCAAAAAAAAUUUAUACCCUUAGAAGAAAAGGAAAUUCAUUACUUACUAUGAUUCUUUUAGGAACUGCUGCAUCUAAUGCAGUAAUAUCUGUACUUAUGGCUGAUAUUGAGGGAGAUAUUAAAGGUUUUCUAUUGUCAACUUCAAUUAUUACCGUCUUUGGAGAAAUUAUACCUCAAACAUUUGCAAACAAGUACAGUUUACAGAUCAGUAGUUUUUUAAGAUGGCCUGCACACUUCUUCUACUAUGCCACAUUUCUUUUCUGUUAUCCAAUAGGAGCUAUCCUCGAUAAAAUUCUUGGUGAAGAAGCUGGAAAUGUGCUAAGCAAACAUUAAAUGAAAAGAAUGUUUGAGCAGUAUGAAAAGUCUAAGUUAUUGAAGCCUUAGGAGAGAAAGAUACUCUCUGCUGUUUUAGAACUUAAAUCAAAAGUGAUUGGCUAAGUUAUGACUCCAAUUGACAAGGCCUUUAUGAUAGAUAUUAAUGUUAAUCUCAAUCAACUUUUGCUUAAGUAAAUUUACAGUGAGGGCUAUUCAAGAAUACCUGUUUAUGAUGGGUAGCGAGAAAAUAUUGUGGGUUUACUAAUGACUAGGGAUUUGGUGCUGAUAAAUCUUGAAAACUCUAUAGUCACGAUUAAGCAGCUCUCUAGCAUUUUGCUAAGAGAUAUAAUAGCAAUUGAUGUUGAAACAAAGCUUGAACCAGUCCUGAGUUACUUUAAAGGUAAUAGCACCCACAUGGGAUUAGUAACUAGAAAACAUAAAGUAAUCGGAAGUGAAUUGAGUAUAAUGAACAUUGGAAUCAUUACAUUAGAGGAUAUUGUUGAAGAAAUUCUUCAAGAAGAAAUUGAAGAUGAGAGAGAAACAUAAAAUCUUAAGGGUGAAAGAAAAUUACUUAAAAACAAGCUUAUUUAUCUCUUCACGAAUCACAAAGCUAAAAAUCAACUUAAUGAAGCCGAAAUUUUAGCGAUUUGUGAAUUUCUUCAUUUAAAAGUAGAUAGUUUUCACACAUCCAUGAUUGAGAAAGAUCAGCUAUACCAUUUGAUUAGCAAUUGUGAUAUAAUAGAUAUUGAAAGUGAUGCUGUCCCUUUUUCCCACAUUGUGAAUGAAUCUAAUAACUUCACCAGAAAUUAAUUGACAUACCUGAAUGAGUACUAAAACAGUGAUUAAAUUCAAUUCGAUAAGCAUUUGUAAAACAUGGAAAUAACAAAAGGAGAAGAAGAUUAAAGGAAGAAAUAAGGAGGAUCAUCAUCUUUCAAAGCAGAAUCUUAAACUAUAUUCGAGAAUAACGCAGAGGAAAUCGAGCUUGAUGAUCAAAUGAGGUAGUAGUAGUAAUAAGAUGACACCUUAUAUACUGAAUCAAAGCUAUUUUUGAAUUAAAGGGAUGUUGAAAAUUUAAAUACCAUAGAAGAUUAUGUAUACGAGGAAUACUAUAGAGUGAAUGAUAGUUUAAUGGGAUCAGUUGAACUGAGACAAAAGCUUAAGGAGAAUAUAGAUCCAAUAUUAUAUGUUAGAGGUGUCCCUGCAAGUGAUUUUUAUCUAAUUCUUCAAGGUGAUGUUCUCGUUUGCUCAGGAUCUGAAGGAUUCUUUAUUAAGCUUAGUUCUUACGAUUAUCUGGGACUUAAAGCACUUUAAGAGAAUGAAUAUAGACCUGAUUUUUCAGCAAAAGUGUUGAAUCAAGCUAAGCUUUUGAAGAUCAAGCAAUCUUAGUACAAUAAAUACGUCAAAUUCUCUGACCACCCAAAAAUUAGAGUUUGA